UCUGCGCGCGCGCAGUAAACUUAUUUCCGGUCUAAAUCGGGUAGUAGUAAAGUCUGAAUUAUCUUUUUUUUUGUUGCCCGCGGUGUACAAAAGGCAUUAUUUCUAGAAGAGAAGACUCCGAUAUGAAGAUCCCUGUGCUUGAUUUCGGAGUUUAUCGUCACGGAGAUAAUGUGCCAGAUGAGAAGCUGACGGAGCUGAGCCGGGGCCUACGGGCAGCUUUCACGGAAAUAGGAUUUGUGUAUCUGAGGAACACUGGCAUAGGCCAAGAAGAGGUCGAUGAUAUUAUGGAAAUAUCGAAAAAAUUCUUUCUCCUCCCGGAAGAAGUUAAAAUCCCUCUCAGCAGAACGAGCGACACUUAUAACCAUGGUUGGGUCGCACUCGAGACUGAGCGGUUAAAUCCUAGUAGACCGGGAGACUUAAAGGAGGCUUUCAACAUCACCUCUCUGCACCCUGAUGCUGCCUGGCCUGCAGAGGACGUGGUACCAGGUUUCCGGAAGACCUUUGAGUCAUUCUUCAUGCGGUGUAAAGAUCUGUCCCUCCGUGUGCUCAGAGUCAUGGCCUUGAGUCUGGAAAUUGACGUGGACAUCUUUGUCAACUCACACAAGAGCAUAGGCAGCAGUACGAAUGGGAGUACCCUACGGGUCCUGUACUACCCCCCGGUGCAACGUGCGAUGGUGAAAGGUGGCCAGCUGCGGUGUGGGGAGCACUCUGACUACGGCAGCAUCUCCCUGGUCUUCCAGGACAGCAAAGGAGGCCUGCAGGUGAAGAGCAGGUCUGGGGAGUUUAUAAAUGCACCUGCCAUUCCUGGCACAGUUCUGAUCAACAUCGCAGACUUGAUGCAGAGAUGGACAAGCGACGUUUUCAUAUCAGCGAAGCACAGGGUUUUGCUGCCCCCUCCUGGUGAUUCAAGUACAAGACAGUCUCUGGUUUUCUUCGCGCAGCCCGGUGAUGACGUCACCAUAACUUGCUGUGAUGGAUCAAACAAACAUCCUCCAGUAAAGACAGGGGACUACCUUUUGGAGCGCUUUAACGAAACGUACCAGAUGCAGGGACAUGAUGAAGAGAGUAACCUUGCAUUGGAGAAAGCAGGAACCAGGGCUACGGUAAUGAGUAACAAGAGACAACUGCAUGAUGGACACAAACAAGAGCAGAAUUCAGACAAAAAACUGAAGAAGGGCAAGGAUUAAAAUGAGGCCUAGAGUUGUAUCAUAUGAAAAAGGGAAAGUGUUUUUUAAUCUGUUUUUUUAUGCUUAAAAUAUCAACCAGUUGGGUGGGGAAAAAUAUUGAUUUAUGAUACUGGUUUUGAUGAUUCAGUAUCAAUUCACAAAAUCCCAAGAUCGAUUGUGCCAAGUGUAAAGUUUGGUGAAGGGGGGAUUAUGGUGUGGGGUUGUUUUUCAGCGGUUGGGUUUGGCCCCUUAGUUCCAGUGAAAGGAAUUCUUAAUGCUGCAGCAUUCAAAAUCAUUUUGGACAAUUUCUUGCUCCCAAUUUUGUGGGAAACGUUUGGGGAUGGCCCCUUCCUGUUCCAACAUGACUGCACCAGUGAAGAAAGCAAGGUCCAUAACGACAUGAAUGAGCGAGUUUGGUGUGGAGGAACUUGACUGCCUGCACAGAGCCCUGACCUCAACCCGACAGAACACCUUUGGGAUGAAUUAGAACCGAAACUGGGCAUAUUCCCGGCUACUCACAAACGACAUAUUUACAAUUAUGUACAAGGUAUUUUCAUCCUCAUUUAAAACAACCAAACGUAUGGAUAUGCGGUUUGGCCCAAGAUAAAACAAUCGGUCGUCUGUCAGAAACAAAUAUAAUUCGUUUCAUUUAGC